AUGGAAAGUAGAACGCAGAGGAACAACAUUAGUCUACUGGGAAUACUGGAGGGAGUGGAGGUCCCAAGACCCACGGAGUUCAUGGCCCAGCUGCUUCAGGAGCUGCUCGUCCUGGAGGAGAAGCCAGUGCUAGACCGGGCCCACCGCAACCUGCAUCGGGGGAAGCGUCUCCUCUCCUCUACAAGGGUAAAAGAGUCUCGAUCUGCGGACUACACCACGGCUGUGGCUAAGAAGCGAGCUAGCUUCGGAGCUGUGAAGCGCCAGCUACGCGCCUACCCGAGCGUGAAGUUCGGCUUGAUCUACCCUGCGGUUCUGAGACUGACUUUACCUGAUGGCUCAACGCACGGAUUCGAGGACCUGGCUCUAGCAGCCGAUUUCAUCAACAAGAACACAAAAGCUGGAAUUGCCCUGCUGUAUAACAAGGAGACCAGUAAUAGUUAUGAUGUUCAUCUGAAGCUGACAAAAGAGGUGUUGACCAUACAGAAGCUGGAUGUGGUUUGCACGAGAGGGGGUGACCCACAAUUAAAUCACAGAACUGUCGUUCUCCGAAGGCAGGCUGCUGGAGGUCUGGGUCUAAGCAUCAAAGGGGGUGCUGAGCAUAAAGUGCCUGUGGUCAUUUCAAAGAUGUUUAAAGAUCAAGUAGCAUACCAAACCGGAAAGCUAUUCGUUGGGGACGCUAUGUUACAGAUCAACGGUAUCAAUGUCGAAAACUGUAGUCACGAAGAAGUUGUUCAUCUCCUGCGGACUGCUGGGGAGGAAGUCACCAUCACUGUUCGGUACCUCAGGGAAGUUCCAUCAUUUUUAAAGCUACCAUUGGGCUCUCCUGUACCAUCCGCUGGUCAAAGUAGCAGAGUCUCUUCACCACUAUUUGACAGUGGUUUACAUUUAAAUGGGAAUUCUAGCAACACAGCUCCAUCCUCGCCCUCCAAACCCUCGGCUAAUGAACCAAAGUACGAGAAGCGCUGGCUGGAUGCAGUGUCCCUACCCUUGUUGAUGGCCCGAGUCUCCAGAUACAAAGCCGUAACGGCUAAAUUAAGGUCGAACAGCUUUGAAGUCUGUGCCUUAGAUGGAACGAGCACCAAUAUUCUACAAUUUUGCACUGCAGCAGAAAGCACUGACUGGCUUCAAGCAAUAUCAACCAAUAUCAGUGAUUUGACACUGGAGAACAUGAAAAUGAUUAACAGAUAUUGCUCUCCGGAUGAUCAGAUUGUCCACAUGGGUUGGGUGUGUGAAAACCCUCAAGCUAAUGAUGCUGGUCCAUCAAGUACCUUCAAGUUCCUGGCAUUGCGAGGCCCUUCGCUCUACGUCUUCAGGAGUCCUCCUGUUAGUGGAACAGACUGGGGACAAGCUGAAACCCUGUAUACCCUCUAUGAGGUUCUGUUAAAGGUUCACAAGCUAUGUGUGACGGAGGACUAUUGGAUCCAGGCCAAGUUCUACCUCGGCCUCCAGCAGGAUGAGGAUCUGCAGGACGGAGAACCUUUCUGUUUCAGUAUUCUGGUCGGCCACGGCCAGAGUCACACCUUCAGUGUGGAGAUGACCUCUGACCUCGCCGUGUGGGAGAAGUCCUUCCAAAGAGCCGUCUUCAUGGAGGUGCAGAGAGUAGGGUCAAAGACCUACAUGUGCAGCAGCCAGGGUAAAGUACUGUGUUUGACCAUAGACUUUGGAUCUGGCUUCACUUGUUCUGAGAGCUCCUCGAAGAAUAUAUUAUGGAGAUACAAAUUCUCUCAACUGAAAGGAUCCUCUGAUGAUGGGAAAACAAGGGUGAAACUCCUCUUCAAGAAUGCUGAAAACAAACAGAUAGAGAUGAAGGAGCUGGAGUUUGCCAAUCUGACCGCAGUCCUCCAUUGUAUUUCUUCUUUUAUGGCUGCCAAAGUGGCCUCUGUGGACCCUGUCUUUGUCAAGUGUCAAAGCAUCUCUGGAAAGUACAUGAGUUAG